UCUUACCACAAGCAAACUUCUCGGCCGUUUGAACCCGCCAUGGAAGUGUGCAACGAGACGGGAUACUUCCAAAAGUACGCCAAGAAGUUUCGCCGAGCGAUCGGUGAGAAAGAGUUCGAACGGUUCGCCAAUCUGGCCAGCGAUCGGGAAAGGUUCACCUUCGUGAACGAACUGAAGUGGCGGGUGGUAAACGAUUUGCCCCUCGAGCGGACGCUAAACGAGGGAAAAUGUCUGGAAAACGCACUCGCGUGUGAAGCGGAAGGACAGCUGCUUCAAAACGCGGCGGAUUGGCCGGGGGCGCUGCGGUGCUACAAUCGGUGCUACCUUCUACUGCCGGAGGAGUGCGGGCACGAAAAGGCGCUCCUGUUGGACAAACGGUCUCAGGUGCUGUUUCAACUGAACAAGUACGACCAAUCGCUGGAGGAUCUCGAUCGGGCAAUCGCGUUCGGCUACCCGCAGGAACUUCGGCACGAGCUGUGGGAACGUAAGGCUCGCCUUUUCCAGCAGAAGCGCGAUCUCAAGUCAGCGAUAGAGUGUUUCGAUCAAACCGUCGAUUGGUUGUCGCGCUCAAAGUUAACGCCCGAGGAGCGCACCGGGCGCAUCGAAGAACUCAAAAAGAUCACCGACGUCGUGUACUAUCAGUACAAGAAUUUGCAAAAGUACCUGGAACCACCGCGUGGGGCGCGUGUGUUCCAUCCCCAUCUGGACGGUGGUAUCCAGUACGCGAGCAACGAAACGGACGGUCGCUUUGCCAUGGCCCAGGCUAACCUGAAGCCAAACCAGUUGAUCCUGAAGGAGAGACCACACGCGGCCGUGCUGGUGCGUGAGUACAGUGCCACGCACUGUAGCCACUGUUUCGAGCGGAUCGAGGUCCUACAUCCUUGUCCGAUCUGCGUCGAUGUGGUGUUUUGCUGUGGACGCUGUGAGCGGUCAGCCCUCGGGAGCUACCAUCGGUUCGAGUGUGGCUUCCUGCGGUCGCUCUGGGGCUCGGGGGCUACCAUCGUUAGUCACCUGGCGUUGCGCAUCAUUGCCCAGAAGCCGUGCACUUACUUCGAGGCCCUUCGUGAGGAGCUGACCAACCUAUCGCCCGCCGUUACCGAUAAAUUGCCGAGUGAUGACUACCGGACAGUGUUCCAACUGGUCACGCACUCCGACAAGCGCAACCCCGAGGACUACCUGGUGUGGACCCUCAUGGCUACGAUGCUGAACAGUAUUCUGCGGCUCGGUAACUACAGCACUACGCAGCCGGACGAUGGCUUCAUAGGGUACCUGGUGCUUCACAACUUGCAAGUAGUAAACUACAGUGCCCAUGACGUGUCGGAGGUACAGCGGAAGCGACCGAACGAGGCAGGGAAAUCGGUCGCCAUCGGUGCGGCCCUCUAUCCGCUGCUGGCGCUUUUCAAUCACUCCUGCGAUCCCGGAAUAGUACGAUACUUUACCGGCACUACGGUACACGUCCGAACGAUCAAGAACAUUGCCGCCGGCACGAUAAUAGCGGAAAACUAUGGCCCCCUGUACACGGCAAUGGCGCGAACCGAACGCCGCCAGUCGCUGGCGAGCAAUUACAAGUUCGAGUGCCACUGUGAUGCCUGUGAGGCUGGCUGGCCAAAGUACGCGGACAUGGACGAGUCGGUGAUACGGUUCCGGUGCACCGGCCAUACCUGCCAGGAGGCGCUACUGUUCGAGUUGGCCUCCGAAACGUACGUCAUCCGGUGCCGGGCGUGCGGGGAAAUGGUCGACAUCCGGGAGCGGAUCAAGUUGCUGCAGGAAGCCAACAUGCUGUGCCGGUUCAAUGAGGCGAGUCACCUGUACCGUGUUGGGCUGUACGAACACGCGCUCUCGAAGUAUGCUGCCAUAAUGAUCAUCAUGGACCAGAUACUGGUUCCGCCGUAUCGCGACUAUCACCUGUGCCAGCAGGGGAUACGCCGGUGUUGUCUGGAUUUGGGAGCCUGCUACGUGGAGUGGCCAACUGCGGAAAAAUAA